AUGUUACGCUGGUACCAAAUGAAGUUGGCAGCUCGCCCUGUCCUUACCCAAAGUGUGACAUCGGCAGUCCUCUUUGCAACUGGAGAUGUAUUGGCACAACAAUUAGUUGAAAAGAAGGGUGUCAAAGACCAUGAAAUCGCUCGCACAGGUCGUAUGGCACUUUAUGGUGGUGCUAUCUUUGGUCCAAUCGCUACCAACUGGUUCAAAUUCCUUCAAAACCAUGUUGUUUUGAAGAAUAAGAACCUCGAAAUGGCAGCUCGAGUCGCAGCCGAUCAAUGUAUUGUUGCCCCCAUCAACUUGGGCUUGUUCCUCACCACAAUGUCCGUCCUCGAAGGAACCGAUCCAAAAAAGAAGAUCGAAGCCAACUACUCUACCGCCCUCCAAAAGAAUUAUAUGAUCUGGCCUGCUGUUCAAGCUGUCAACUUCAAGCUUGUUCCUCUUGAGCAUAGGGUCUUGGUUGUCAACAUCGUCUCCUUGGGCUGGAACUGCUACCUCAGUUACUUGAACGGUCGCAGUACGGAAGUUACAGUUGAGAAAGUGGUAGAGAAGGUCAAAGAACUUUAG